AUGAUUCAUUUCUUUUUUCUAGCCUUUCUUUUUUAUUCUAUUCUCAAUAGAUACUUUCUUUUUCUUUUAUUUCAUUUGCAUUUUCUUAUUCAUUCAGUUUUUCUUUACGUUUCUCUUUUUUUUUCGUUUUAUUUUUAUUCGUUUUCCCAUUCAGUCUUUUUCCCUUUACUUUUUCAUUCGAUUCUCGUUCAUUUAUAUAUUCAUCCUUUCUUUAAUUUUCUUUUCCGUUUUUGUGCCUUAUUUCUUUCUUUGCGUUUUCUUUCCUUCAUUCACUUUCCAUUCAUAUUUGUUUACAUAUGCUUUCAAUCUUAUUCUAUUCGUGUUCUUUUAAUGAUUCAUUCAUUCUUUGAUUCACUCUAUAUUAUUUUUAUACAUUCUGCCUUUUAUGCAUUCAUUUUUUCUUUCUUUUUUUAUUCUAUUUCAAUCCUUUAUAUAUUUUUCUUUCUUUUUUAUUCAUGUCAUCUCUUCAUUCAGUUAUUCUUUCUUUCUUAUUUUUUUAUAUAUUCAAUCAUUUUCUUCCCUUUUUAUUUCUUUCAUAAUCAUUCAUACACUUUCUUUCGUUUAUUCCUUAAUCUGACUCUCUCUCUCUCUCUCUCUCUCUCUCUCUCUCUCUCUCUCUCUCUCUCUCUCUUCCAUUCUUUCUUUCUUUCUCCUUUUUUUUCUUCCUUUCUCUUUCUAUUUUUCUUUCUUUAUCUUUCUUUCUGUUAUAUACCGUACCUAUGA